AAUCCGUAGUUAUCCUAAAAUCAGCGAAAAGACAAUAUCGUCCUUCUCUCUUGCGGUUCAUGCUGUGGACACAUACAGCUCUCCGGUGGCAAUCGGCAAGGCUCCUUUCCUCCCCUGACCCAACCAUCAUUUAUAGAGGGAGACGCUGCGAUCGCCGACUCACUUCCCUGCCUCCAGAAAUGAUGGCGCUGAUCACCAGGAACUCCGCUUCUCGCCUCCCGCUCCUCCUCGCCAACCACCGCGCUGCCGCCGCCGCUUCUCUUCAUACAACCAUCCCCUCGCUUUCCCCCGAUAACGCGACCAAACCGACCUCUUAUGCUCCGCCGCCUUCCCCGGCCACCUCUUCCCCCGUGGGGCUCUCAAAGACGGCCGAGUUUGUGAUCUCCAAGGUCGACGAUGUCAUUAACUACGUCCGUCGAGGCUCCAUCUGGCCCAUGACUUUCGGGCUCGCUUGCUGCGCUGUGGAAAUGAUGCACACCGGUGCCGCUCGCUACGAUCUGGAUCGAUUUGGGGUUAUUUUCAGGCCUAGCCCUCGCCAGUCCGAUUGUAUGAUUGUCGCUGGUACCCUUACGAACAAAAUGGCCCCUGCUCUUCGCAAGGUGUAUGACCAGAUGCCAGAGCCCAGAUGGGUCAUCUCCAUGGGAAGCUGCGCCAAUGGUGGUGGAUACUAUCACUACUCGUAUUCUGUCGUACGUGGCUGUGACAGGAUUGUCCCUGUGGAUAUCUAUGUCCCAGGUUGCCCUCCAACUGCUGAGGCCCUACUCUAUGGAAUACUUCAGCUGCAGAAGAAGAUCAACAGGCGCAAGGAUUUCAUGCAUUGGUGGACCAAAUAAGACCCUCUCUGAAACACUUCUAGAGGGCAGCUUGGUUACCAGCUUCUAUGGCACCUAAGAAUUCAACGUUGUUUUGCCUUGUCUUCUGUUUAUUAAGUGGUGUGCGAGGAUAGAAAGAUAUUUUCCACCGUUAUUGAUGGCCCUGUUUCCAUAACCUGGGAAAGCCUUCAGCCUCCGGAGCUCUGGAGCUACUAUGCCUUCUCUGGAAAAGAUAUUAUAACUUUGAUUGGCAUGAAAGUGCUUGCAUAUUUGUUCAUCUUUUCCUUUUCUUUUUGCUGUUUCGGCCAGUUACUUGGUUGAUUGUUGUUUAUUACUGAUGCAACUUGGAAUUGGUUUGUGUUGUUAUCUGGAGCAAAUAAAGAGCCCUCUUGUGAUCUGUCCAUCCCUUGGCUUCAAAGUGAAACUAGUAGCUACUCCUGAUUCUGGCUUACCUGUGUGAGCUUGUUGUUGUCCAAGAUAUCGGAUGGAAGGAUUGGUUUAAUUUGUCGGUGUGUGUGGUUUCAUUUCCCGAGUUUUCCUGGCGAUUUCAGAUGACCGAAAGGAUAAACUGGUUUCUUCCCAUUUGCUUAAAGCAUUGGGCAUCAUUUUUGGUUUUGACGAGCUGCUUUACUUCCCUCGCAAAGGGAGGCUGCGAUGAGAUCUGAGCGUGAUAAGUUGUAGCCUUGGAGGUUGGAAAAAUAGUCAAUAAGACG